AUGGCUGCCUCAACAGCUGCCCUAGACACCGCUGUGUCACAGCCACUGUCGAGCUCUGCCAUGCCCGAUGCUUCCCCUCCUGCCAUCGAGCAGCUCCGUGUUGAGGAACCGGGCGCGCCCAGCGAGGACAUUGUCUAUCCAUCAGGCCCCAAGUUGUGGCUCGCCAUGAUCUCGUUGUGUAUAGCGAUCUUUCUUAAUGGGCUGGAUCUCACCAUUGUUGCUGUCGCCGUUCUCAGUCUCACCAACAAGUUCAAGACGAUUGCUGACAUUGGAUGGUACUCGGCAGCCUAUGGCCUGGCCUCCAGCGCUUUCGUCUUCUUUUUUGGGAAAGUGUACACCGUCUUCUCCAUGAAGUAUGUCUUCAUCCUGGGUGUCGCAGGCUUUGAAGUCGGGAGCCUGUUGUGCACCUUCUCGACCAGCUCCAAAAUGUUCAUCACUGGGCGUGCUGUGGCUGGCUUUGGUGUCAGCGCAGUCGGGGGUGGCUAUAUGAAGCUUCUCAAACAUCUUUUCCCCCUCCGCCAGCAAGCUUUGAUGGGAAGCAUUGUCGGCGGCUGCCAAUCCGUAGGGUUGGUGUCUGCUCCCAUCAUUGGUGGCGCCUUGAUCGACAGCUUCACAUGGCGAGCCUGCUUUGGCAUCAACAUCCCGUUGGGUGUUCUGUGCAUUGCGCUCAUCGCCUACGGCUUUGAAGACCCGCUGCCGGAUCCCCACGCCGAAAUGCCAUGGCGGGAAAAGGUGAAGCAUCUGGAUCUUUUUGGCACCACGGUCGCUGUCCCUGCCAUCACCCUUCUCAUGCUGGCUCUCCAAUGGGGAGGUACCAUGUACGGCUGGAACAGUCCCAUUAUCAUCGUCUUUUUCGUGCUGGCUGGCUGUCUGAUCCUGGCCUUUGCAUACCUGCAGUAUCGGCAGGGCGAUCAAGCCACCCUGCCCCCGAGGAUCGCCAGGCAGCGCAGCAUGAUUGCCGGCGUCUGGUACACGGCCUGUUGCAAUGGGGUGCUCGCCGUGACCGAAUACUACAUCUCCAUCUUCUUUCAAGGCGUCCGCGGCUACACUGCCACCAAGUCUGGCUUGCUGGGAGUUCCGAUGAUAGUUGGAUUCAGUAGUUCCCUCUUGGCUGCCGGCGUGUGCAUCACUUGGAUGGGAUAUUACUUUCCUUUCAUGUUGGCGACCAGCAUCUUGACGCCCGUCGCGUCUGGCCUUCUGACCACCAUCGACUUUCGAGGCAGCAUUGUCAAGGCCACCGCUUUGUUAGGCUUCGUGGGUGUAGCCAUUGGCCUUGGUGUUCAAGGACCGCAGCUCGCCGUGCAAACGGUUCUGGAUGCGAAGGAUGUCUCCAGCGGGGGUGCCAUGAUUGUGUUCGGGGCUGGAAUGGGUUCAGCCCUGUGGAUUUGCGCGUCUGCCACCCUGUUUCACAAGCGGCUGCUUGCAGAAAUCAGCCAGUCCUCCCCCACCACCAACGCCACAGUCCUCUCCAACGUUGGUCUCUCAGAUAUCAGGUCCUUCAUUGGCAGUGAGAGAUUGGACGCCGUGCUGAGCGGAUACAAUGAGGCGGUGGUGCAAACGCUAUAUCUACCACUGGCCCUGGGCAUUUUGACCAUUGUAGGAUCCAUCGCGAUGGAGAGGCGGUCAAUCAAGAAGAAACAAAGUUAG